UUGCUUAUUAACUUAUUAUUAUUUAUAUUCCAAACCACAAGAUGAUUCAGUAUAAAUUAUUUUACAGAAUCUGCCGAGUGUCCUGGCAAAUAUCCUUCUCCAUUAAAUAUCAACACUGUGGACAUGAUUAAUCGAACUUACGAGCCAUUCGCAAUGGGGUCCUUUCAGGAUCAACCAAAAAUUGCUGAACUGAUAAAUAAUGGAGACACCAUUUUUUUAGAGCUCCAAUAUGACAAUGGUGAACCAUAUAUAUCCGGUGGACCGCUCGAGGGGAAAUUUCUUCUCGAACAUAUAUACUUUCACUGGCUGGGCAAUGACACAUUCGAAAGUGUGAAUCACACCAAUUCUGUCUUUUUUCCAGCUGAGUUGCAUCUGGCUUUCAGAAAUGACAAAUAUCCCACAUACUUCGAAGCAGCCCGCGUAAAUAACGGUAUUGCAAUGUUAGCCUAUCACUAUAAGGUGACGGAAUUUGACAAAAAUAUUUAUUAUGAAUUUAUGAAGGCUUUAGAGGAUGUUAUCAAACCCGGUGCUGUGGCCAAAAUUCGCGGUCCACUAAAGUUGUGGGACCUCAUUUCGUAUGAUAUUCAUGACUAUUACACCUAUACGGGUACAUUGACCACGAUGCUAUGCGAUGAGGAUGUUACAUGGAUUGAAUUUAAUGAUCCAAUUGAAAUUUCCGAAAAUCAGGUGGAUAUUUUUCGAAAACUCAAAGCGUACGAUAUGUCACCAAUGAUCUAUAGUCAGCAUCAUAUGUUGCCGCUUAGUAAUCGCACGGUGUUUAAUGCGUUUAUUUUGGAAGACCCAGACAGCGGAAUCCCGAUUUAUCACAGUGCUGUACCAUUUGUGGAUAAUUUAGUUGGUGUGGCAGCUACGUGGAAGCCUGCCGAAAUCCAAAUUUGUAUUGGCAUAUUUUCGGUUUUGAUUACCACAUUGAUCACAUCUGCUAGGUAUAUCAUAGCUUAA